AUGGAUUUAAGUAAAAUUAAUCUAAGUAGUUAUUUACCAACAAUGCCAUAUAAAGUUCGAGAAUUAUUUGAUAAAGCAACAAAUAUUGUUAUGAAUUAUACGGAAACUGAAACAAAAGUUGUUGAAGCAACAAAUGAUGAAUCUUGGGGACCAGCAGGAAAAUUAUUACAAGAUCUUUCUCAAUUAUCUUAUUCACAUGAACAUUAUAAUGAAUUAAUGGGAAUGCUUUGGAAACGAUGUUUUACUCAAGAUAAAAAAUAUUGGAGACGAACAUAUAAAUCACUUCUUGUAUUAACAUAUUUAAUAAAAAAUGGCAAUGAAAGAGUGAUUAAAUCCGCCCGUGAACAUCUUUAUGAUUUGAGAAGUUUAGAAAAUUUUUCUUAUCAUGAUGAAAAUGGCAAAGAUCAAGGAAUUAAUAUACGUCAUAAAGUAAAAGAAUUAAUUGAAUUUAUUCAAGAUGAUGAUCGAAUUCGAGAUGAACGUAAAAAAGCUAAAGCUAAUCGAGAUAAAUAUAUUGGUAUGAGUAAUGAAUCAUCAUCGUAUCGUUAUAAUGAUCAAUGGAAUAAUUAUGAUGAAUCAAAUUCAACAAAAACAAAAGAUUUCGUAUCUAAUCCAUCGGAAGAUUAUUCAUUAGAUAAAAAUAAUGACAAUGAUCAAAAUGUUAAAUCAACAUUAAAAAAAGAUCAAAAUAAAAUACAGGAGAACAAUACAAAUUCAUCAAUUGAAAAUCCACCUUCUAUUGAUAACAAAAAAACAUCAUCAACAAGUGAAGAACCAAUUGUUAAUUUAUUAGGUGAUGACAUCGAAUUUACACCUUAUGUACAAGCUUCAAAAGAUGUUGAUUUUGGUCAAUUUCAAGAAGCAGUAUCUCCAAUUUCUCCAGUUCAAUCAACACAAUCUUCAUCAUCAAUGACAUUCGAUCCAUUUACAUCAUUUGAAACAUCAACAAAUCUUUUUCAACCAACUUCAUUUCCAUUUAAUCAACAACAAUCAUUUAUAAAUUCAUCUGUAUUUCAACAACAAUCAAAUAUAACUUCAUCGAAUAAUAUAUGGUCAUCGGCAGCAGGAAAAUUAGAUAUAUCAUUAAAUAAUUUAAUUCCAUAUACACGUGGUAAUCAACAGAAAACAACAUUAACAUUGAAUCAAUUAACAAGUCCAACAGAUUCAAAUAAAUCUGAUUUUUCAUUAUUAAAUACAAAUACUCAAUCAAAAUUUUCUACUUUGAACAAAAAAUAA